CUCCGGCCCCUGGCGGGGGUCCCGCCCGCGCCGCGCGCUCCCGCUUCCGGCGCGCCCCCCUCCCGCGCCCGCCCGCGCCCCCGGCCCCGGGCGGCCCCCGGCCCCGGCGCGCGGCGCGGCGCGGGCGGCAGCAUGGUGGAGAAGCGCUGCCCGCUGCAGAGGGACGGUGUGUACCGCUGGUUCUCGGAGCUGCCGUCGCCGCAGCGCGUGGAGUUCCUGUGCGGCCUGCUGGACCUGUGCAUCCCGCUCGAGCUGCGCUUCCUCGGCUCGUGCCUCGAGGACCUGGCGCGCAAGGACUACCACUCGCUGCGGGACUCGGAGAUCAAAGCCAACAACCCGGCCGACCUGGGCAGCCUCACCAACCUGACGGACGAGGUGGUGCGCAGCAAGCUGCUCGUGUCGCUGGCGCUGCUGGGCUCGGAGCAGCGCGAGGCGGCGGGCGUGCUGUACCGCACGCUCACGCACAUCGACUCCAUCAUCCACAACUACGGGCUGCAGCUCAACGAGGGCCGCACGGGCGAUGAGUUCCUGCUGCUCUUCACCAUGGCCUCCAACCACCCGGCCUUCAGCUUCCACCAGAAGCAGGUGCUGCGCCAGGAACUCACGCAGAUCCAGAGCAGCCUGAACGGCGGCGGGGGCCACGGCAGCAAGGGAGCGCUGCCCACCUGCCCGGCCUGCCACAAGGUGGCUCCAAGGCCCGAGCCCCCCACCAGCAGUGUCAGUAACAGUUUGGAGAAUGCACUGCGCACAUCAGCACAUUCCACGGAGGAGUCGCUGCCCAAGAGACCUGUAGGAAAACACUCCAAAGUGAGUGUUGAAAAGAUAGACCUGAAGGGAUUAUCACACACAAAAAACGAAAGAAAUGUUGAAUGUUCCUUUGAGGUCUUGUGGUCUGAUUCUUCAAUAACAUCAGUAACCAAAUCUUCCUCUGAAGUGACUGAAUUUAUUUCAAAGUUAUCCCAGCUAUACCCUGAAGAGAAUUUGGAAAAAUUCAUUCCUUGCUUAGCUGGCCCAGAUUCAUUUUACAUGGAGCGAAACCACCUGGAUCUGGAAGCGGACCUGAGGUAUUUGGCUGUGCUGCCUCCCCACAUACUGAGAAACGACCAUGUGAAGAAGUUUUUCAGCACUUCACCUCCCACCCAACAGCUUCAAAGUCCAAGUCCUGGCAACCCUGCCCUUUCCAAAGUGGGCACCAUGACGGGCAUGUCUGGAAGGCCCGUGUGCGGAGUGGCUGGCAUCCCGUCGUCUCAGGGCAGUGCCCAGCACCACAUGCAGCACUCGGCCGGUGCAGCCGCCUUGCCCCACUGCUCCCAUGCAGGAGGUGCGGGCUCAGCGCUGGCCUGCCGCGCCCAGAUGGACCCCUCGCCUGCCGUCUUGAUGCCCUCCGGUCUGCAGAGCCCCCCCACCCAGGAGCAGAGUGGGAUCUUAGACUGGCUUCGGAAGCUGCGGCUGCACAAGUAUUACCCUGUCUUCAAACAGCUCACGAUGGAGAAGUUUCUGAGCCUUACAGAAGAAGAUCUGAAUAAAUUUGAAUCCCUCACCAUGGGAGCAAAGAAAAAACUCAAGACGCAGUUGGAGCUGGAGAAGGAGAAGUCGGAGAAACGGUGCCUGAACCCCUCAGGCCCGCCCCCGGCUACCAGCAGCGGGGUGGCCCGUGUGCCCCCCACGAGCCACGUGCAGCCCGUGCGAGGCAACCACGCUGCCGCGCUGCGGGUGGAAGUGGAGCAGCCCCCUCACCAGACAGCUCGGGAAGGCAGCUCCUCAGAGUGCUCCAGCUCCUCGCCCAGCCCAAUGGGGGUGCCGGCCCGGGAGGAGAGCUCGGACAGCGCCGAGGAGAGUGACAGACGUGUGGAGGUGCACAUAGAGGGCUCCGAGAAGGAGAAGCCCGUGAUGCUUCUGAGUCACUUCCCCUCAAGCUCGGCCAGGCCCACGGCCCAGGUCCUCCCUGUGCAGAACGAGGCAGGCUCCAGCCCCGCGGGCCCCCGCGCCCUGCCUCCACAGCUGCUGCCCGCAGCCUCACACGUGGCGCCCAUCCGGGUGCUCAGUGCCGUGCACAAGUCUGACCGGGGCGGUGCAGAUGUGCCGCUCCUCCCGCCCUCUGUGCGCUCACUGCUGUCCCUGGACGACAGGGGAAAAAGCUCCGGGCCCAGGAGCAGCCUCAAGGUGGACAAGAGCUUUGGCAACGCCGUGAUGGAUGUGCUGCCAGUGAGCGCCCCGCACCAGCCCCUGCAGGUCCUCUCGGGGCUCGCUGAGAGCAGCCCCGUGUCGCCCGCCGUCUCCUUUGGUCCCCGGGCCAAAGUUGUUCCCGCAUCCGCGCUGGACCGGGUGAUGAAGCCGGCCCAGCCGCCGGCCCUGGUGGAGACCAGCAGUGCCACCUCGGGGUCCCCGAGUACGGUCUUCCACGUGGCCCGGCCACCCAUCAAGCUGCUGGUGUCUUCAUCUGUCCCUGUGGAUUCUGCCAUUUCUGGGCAAACUUCCUGUUCCAGCAGCGUGCAAAUGAGCGUGGCCCCUGCCAUAGUCACGCCGCGGACGGCUCUGUAUGCUGCCAGCACCACAGCUGCCUUCUCUGCGAUGGGCGGUGUGCCCGUGGGCCCCCUGCCGGGCAGCUUCUGUGCGAACAGCAGCACUGCCGCCUCCAGCGGCCACCCCUCCACGUCCUUCGCCAGCAUGGCCCCUGUGCCCGGCUGCCCGGCCCCCAGCUCCAGCCCCGCGCUCUCCUCGGUCCCUGAAAGCAGCUUCUACAGUGGGGGUGGUGGGGGCUCCCCGGGGGCCGCCCCCGCCCCGAGCCACCACCACCACCACCACCACCCCCAGCCGCCCGCCCCGCCGCCCGCACCCCCGCCUGGCUGCGUUGUGUGCACCUCGUGUGGCUGCAGUGGGAGCUGUGGCUCAGGCGGCCUGACCGUCAGCUAUGCCAACUACUUCCAGCACCCGUUCUCGGGCCCGUCCGUCUUCCCCUUUCCCUUCCUGCCCUUCAGCCCAGUGUGCGGCAGCGGCUACGUGGGCGCUCAGCAGUACGGUGGCGCCUUCCCGCUGGUGCACUCGCCCUACGGCGGCGGUGUGGGCCCCGAGCCUGUGCUGGGCGGCCAGUCAGCCUUCGCCGUGCCGCCCGUGCAGGGCUUCAUGGCAGGCGCGGCUGGCGUGUACCAGGCCCAGGGGCUGGCGGGCAGCGGUUCUGGCCACAAGAAGGGUGGGAAUCUCUCGUGCUACAACUGCGGGGCCACCGGCCACCGCGCUCAGGACUGCAAGCAGCCGUCCAUGGACUUCAACCGGCAAGGUACUUUUAGGUUGAAAUAUGCCCCUCCAGCAGAAAGUCUGGACCCCACAGACUGAUACUUUUCACUGGCAACAGAACACUAUUAAGCCAUGGAGACAUAAGGAAACCUAAAUGCAAAACUGAGAAGUCUAGUUGCUGUUGAGCUUAAUAUUUUAAUCCAAAGGUGCUUUACUUUACUAGACUGGAUAGAACAUCUAGCGUAGGAGUGCAUCCAACUCAGUUUUAUUGCCAAAAUCCUAGAUUGGAGCUUGAUGUCAGGACUUGCCUAGUGGGUCCCUGCACCCGUGGCUGCCAUGCGGAGACCUCCCUCCCGUCUCCUCAAGAGCAUUGCGUCACCGGGCCUUCUAGGCGCACAAGUAAUUCCAGGGCAGCUACAUGAGCUCGGAACCGAAGACUGAAGGUUGGAGUUCUCUGAGUGGAGUUCCACCAGUCGGACUUGACAUCCCUGGGUGAGGGGAGAUGUCGCCUUCGUUCUGUUUGUUCUGUUUUGUUUUCUGUUCCUAAUGUGGUUAGGCACUAAUCUCUGGGCUUUUUAAGGAUUGCACUACAGAAGAAUGUAAACUGAUGUCAAUCUCUGCAGCUCUGGGGGCAAGCUCCCCGAGACCAGUCAGUGCAAGGCUCCCGAGCACCUGUUCUCACGGAGCCGGCACCAGCGGGCCGCGCGGCUCAGCGCACAGCGGAUGUGAGCAUCGCCCUCCCUCCUCCAGACACUCGUAGCCGGUUCAGGUUUUUAAUUUCUUCUGCAAAUAAAUCUAAACUACAUUAUUAAAUAGAGAUAGUUACUCACAACAAGGGUCCAAGUCCCAGAGAAUCCCUGCUUGUCCACGCGUUGAGAACGCCUUCCUUCCCAGCUCUCCAGCAGCCUGGAGGGCCGUUCUCUGCCAGACGACGGAGCUCCUGUGGGGACACCGUGACAGCGUGGCCUUUGCGAGCUGGCUCUGCCUGGAUGCUCCCUGUCCUGAGCAAAAGUUGCAGUUCUUUUAUCCCACACGGACUUGGCACGGGCCCCAAGGUGCACUGCUAAUGAUUCACACUCGAGACGGACAUUCCGACAAUAACACAGCCCUCAAAGUUUGCUCUAAGGAGCAAAAGAUUUGAAAUUUUCUCCAUCAGCUUCUUUUGUAUCAGGCCAUGUUUUAAUAGUUCUGUUGAAAAUUACCUGGAAAACUACAGUAGAAAGUGGCAAGACUCGAGAGAGGCCACACGGCCAGGGCGGAGCCGUGAGGCCCACGAAACCCGCUUCUGUCAUGGCGGGGGGUCGAGCCCGGCCACGCCCUCAGUUUCAGUCCCAUUGCGACAGAAGCCUUUGUCUAGGCCUGAAAUCUAGAGACUCAACAUCUUCAAGGCCAAUGGGAAUUUUCUGCUCAUUUUAAAUGCUAAAGCCGUUAGUAUUAAAAUACCGAUUGGUAAGUCCUUGCCCAGGGAUUUUCCAGUUGAAUAUUUAUUUAAAAAAAGGAAAAUCAUAAUAUUCAGAGCAUUCUUAAAAUGAGACAAUCCACCUCAUGCAAAGUUGGUGUAAAUUAAAAGAAUACCCUAGAAUUUGAGGCAGUGCGAUGUGAGGCUUCAAAUUGUGAUGGAACUACAGCAGGAAAAAUGAGAGGCUUGUGGAAGAGUCUUAUUUCAGUAGGGUUUUAUUUCUAUGCAACUCAGGAUUGACAGGCCUGUGUGUUCUUGCCUGUCUUCCCGGCACGCAGUGUUCCGUAUGGUUCUGAGGUAACGGUGAUGCUUACAGCAGCUCUUCCGGGGGGCCCUUAAUUACACCCGUCACAAAUGCCACAGGAACGGGAACCAACACAGCUUCGCCUUAAAGAGCACUAGACCGGGACUUGUGUUAUUUUCAAGGAAGACAUAGGGUGUUCGUUGAUGUUUACGAUUUUACUAUUUCUGAAGGCCUUUACGGUGGCCUGGAUAUGUGCUGAGAGCCAAACUUUUCAAUUUUUUGGUUUUUUUAAACAAAGAAAUAUUUUAAAUAAAUCCUAUUUCAACACAGUGAAAUUGUUGGAAACUGUCUCAUAACAAAAGAAAAAAAUGAUAUUUAGGUUUUUUGUUGUAGUGGUCAAUAUUGGGAAUGAAGGUGUCUGUUAUAACUGUUUUGGUAAAUACUAGAGGUUUGUGUUAAAUGCAAAAAUUAAACUUUGAUUUGAAGUAUGACAUUCGAACUGAGGUAAAUAAGUUUAGAAGUUGUAUGGCUGUUUCAGGCAUCAAAGGUCUUAGGAAAAUCCCCGUGGUCUUUGAAGGUCUGUGCCACGUGACCCCUCCAGGGAGGCCGCUCCCGGCUGAGAACUGCGGGACGUAGGCAGGAGGCCCAAGCACACAGGUCGUUGAGCCGCCGGCCCGUGCGGCGAGGCCCAGUGACCCCCACGUGGAUUCAGAGUUCUUGCCGGAGGUGGUGUCUGGAGCUCCCCUGCAGAGCGGCCAGGCAGGAAGCCUGAAGGGCACCUGGAGGUCCUCAGAAGACGUCCUCGUCAGGCGGGACGCCCCGGCCUGGCCUUUCCAUUCAGCCGGCCACCAAACGGCCGUGAAGUCGUGGGCUCUGUUUGCAAUGCUGUGGUGACCAGGUAGGUGUGGCUGCAGCCGCUCUGUGCGUCUGUCAGGAGUUUCUAACCUUGUUUAUCUCCAGGAAUGGGAAACAUGGGGUGUACGAGUCCAAGUAGAAUACAAUGUUGGGAGAAAACUAGUUCAUCUUCUUUGUUUUUUAAGAAAAACACUCAAUUUUCUACCUUCCUGAUUUUUACUUCAUAGUAAUAUUGAAAACUAAAGUGUUUAAAAGUUAAAACUUCAUUGAUAAAGAGCACUGAGGAAAUGGGAGCGAGCACUUAAAAGUAAGGACAGAAUUAUUUUCCUGAAGGCAGAUAUGUGAGUAUUAAAGAAAAACCAGCAUCUCUCAUCUCCAAGACUCCGGGAGUCGGCGUGUUGGCGCGGGAGUGAGCAGGCUCCGGGUGUCACUCGCUAGAGGCCCGGGCCCCUUGCACCCCACCUGCCAGGCGCCCCCGUGGCGGGGGGCCCUGCCCACGCCCCAGUGUGUCGCUUCCCGUCCCUGUGGCGGCCCAACAGAUGCCUUGCCAGCUCGAUGACACACCGACGACGGGGGGCGGCCUGUGCCGAGGAGUCUCACAGGCUGUGCGGGGAGCCGCGUGCCUGCCCAGCCUGCCCACCUGUCCCAGAGGGUGAGCCUGUGGGGCCCCAGCAGCCGCCAUCCUUCCUGGGGUGUGGCUGAUGCCCACGGAGCUGUGACACGGGUUCCAAAGGCUCAGGCACUGACAAGUCCCAAGGUUCUGGAUGAAAGCGAUCUUUAAUCGACACUCAACAAAACUAGUACCUUGCUGACUGGGGCCGAAGGUCACGGCUCCCGCACUGUCUGGAGGGGCCGUUGGCAGCCCAGUGCUGUGAGCAGCUGUCACGCUGACGCCCCUCUGUGCACCGUGGCCUUGGUACGGACACUGAUGACCUCGUGAACUCAAGAAUCUUCACAGCUUCUACUGGACAUGUUUUCUUUAUAGGAAUGAAGGAAAAUUCUCCCAUUUUUGAGCCAUUCUUUUAUGUCAGUUCUACAGAAUUGCAUGUAACUUUAUAAAUAUUUUUAAAAGAUAUAGUUUUGUAAAUAUUUAAUAUUCUGCUAAUUUGAUUUUGAAUUGUAAAUGUCAAGUAUUCUGUUUUUGGGGUUUUUAUGUUUUAUUAUACUUUGUUAAAAAGGAGAAAUUGUACAUUUUUAGAAUGUUUUUAUGAGUAAAAUUUAAUGUACUGAAAAUAAAAAAUUUUAAAAAAGCUGUUAAGGUCUUUUGUCUUAUAGAAUAGGAAGCACAUGCUUUUUCAAAAUAAACUGCAGUUCUUGUUGAUCUCCGAGCUAGGGAGUCAGCCCCUUCUGCCUUCUUACAGCUCACAAAAGGGGCACCUGGCUCUUAAAUCUAUUUUCUACAAAGUUUCCCAGGUUUUUUAAAAAAAACCCACUAUGAACAAAUCUGGAUUCUUAACUUGGUGUUUGAAGAUGUUCCAGCUUUAGGUUCCAUAAAAAGCCAGGAUUGGCAUUAACAAAACUCACGUGUCUUCCGAACACUUCCAGGUGUGUGAACACAGGCAUCGGAUGCCAUGCCCGCACCCUGGACUGGGUACCCUGGCAGCCCAACGAGCACAUGCUGGCCCAGGACUGGGGUCUCGCCGGGCCCAGCACUGGAGUUCCAGGGCCUCUGCCCCCACAGAGGGCCCGGUCUUUUGGACCUCCUGGUCUGGGCAGGCCAGUGUCCCCCGCAGAAGCCACGUGAAUGCACAUGCGGUUCCAAGCACGGGCAGGGCUCCCACUGGGUAAACGGAGUCGGGACAGCCGGGCCCUCCGGUCCCUGCCAGCGGCCCCCCUCUGAUGGGAGAGUCUGGGCUGUCAGGGGAACCUUGCAGGUUGGGCCUCUGCAGACUGGCAUGUGUGCACAGACUGAGCAGGAACUCAGGAACAUGAGCCUCUCAGCUGGCUCAUGUUUUUCCAGAAAUGUCCAAGUGCCUACCUCCAUUUGAGUUGGGUCCAGAGCUUUCCAUGAGUAACUGCCCACCACUUGGCUGGUAUGCGUUCAGUAUCUUUACCUGAUAACCCCCCACAUGGUUCCCGAGCUGCGGGCCACGUGCUGCACACAUCCUGCUAUUCAGAGCAGUGGGGUUUCAGGUGUGUAUUCCCUAAACCACUGAGAUCCCACAUGCACUCUCAUCUGUGGCAUGUAAGAGAGUUUAGUUUUGUGAAGAUGAGAACAGGUGGCAGGACCUUGGCCAAGGUGAGGGUGUCCUGACCAGGCAGACCUUCAGAGGUGGGUGCCUCCCCUGACUGACUGCUCCCCUCACCUAGCAAAACCAGCCUCGCUGCUCUUAGGAAGGAAACUGCCCACUUGGCGUUGAGAGGUCAGCACACAGGAUCGCUUCCAAGUCUCAAAUACUGACCCAUUAAAUUGAGCUUUGAUAUCACAGCUUGUAGUUGUCUUCAGUCACCUUAGUUUGUUAAAAAUGUACUUGCUUUGAAGAUCCUAUAGAGUGACCACCCACUAAUGUGGGGUAUAAGUCAAUCCUCCAGACAUGGUUUUUUUCUUUUUUUUAAAAGCUGAAUUUCUUAUAGGAGUCUUAUUGAUCACACAGUGGUUACAAGAAUGUUAGAUAUAAGGAUGUAUACAAUCUAAACAAGACAGGCUAAUUAAGGAUUUACAUCACGUAAGAACAGUCGAAGCUAGCCAUGUGGACAGAUGCGUGCAGUCGGGGAAGCAGUGAUGAGAGGUGGGGACUGAGGGCCGACAGGCAGUGAUACUGCCUUUCCUUCCAUGAAACAGGUAAAGGUGUUCCACACACGUCCAAACACACAAGGGUAAACCUGACCUGUCACGUGUACAGUCCAGUGGUCUGUGGUCUCUUCUGCAACUUGCCCAUGGACACAGCAUGCAGCCAACCCCAUGCAGGGAGCAGGGAGCAUUGUUUAUUCUAGCUGACCUUGGAAAACUGCCAUGGUCCUGAAGAAUGGUGUGGAAAACCUGCUGGUUUCUCUACCAAAAUGGGCACAAGUUUGAGCUCUUAGAACCCUAAUCAGAAGAAAUGCCACUCUUUUCUCUGGGCCUUUUUGAGAAACUAGACCAAAAUUAUAAAGAAUUCAAGGUUCCUUCCAAGCAACGGUGUUUUUUGUGUUACUGUCCACAGAGCUCCCAGCCUCACCAGAGCGUUGAUCUAGGGCACUACUGUGUGCACUCCCACUCAACCCUUUUUGCCAACUUUUAUGGCAAAUACAUUUUGGUGGGGGCUACACUUGACAACUUACACAUACACAUACUCUUAUAGAGGUUUCUCCAGAUGAGUAGAAACCCUUCUAUAUAAAGUUGGCCAGUUCCAUGAACCCAGAGAGGAGACUUGACGGCUCUCUCAAUGCUCAAACCACAGGUUCCUACUGGGGAAACAGCAUUAAAAGUAACUUGGUCUAUUUUAUUGGCAACUUAGAAUGCAAAGUACUUUAUUUUUAAACGAAAUUUGAAAACAAAACAGCCUAGGUUAAAUGAUGUAGUUUUCCAAAGCUAAUGUCCUCAUCUGGAGCUCAGUUUUUCUGCGUGAUGUACAAAAACAACUUCCUAAAACUCCUAGGCGGGUAACACUACUGUUUGGUGAUCUCAGAUUA